AUGAUUACAGCUACCGAGAAGCAUGACAUCGCAGAGGUUGAAAAGGUUGAACACAUCAUCGGUGUUGAUUCCACCACAAAUGCACCACCCGAAAAAGACGAGGACGCACAACGUCUUGAGGACCUUGGAUACAAGCAAGAAUUCAAACGUGAGAUCAGCCUGCUAGUGCAAGCUGGUUUUGCGUUCUCUACAAUGGCUGUUUUACCGAAUUGGCUUGUCGGUUUCGGAGGUACCAUUAGUUCGGGCGGCCCAAUGUCUCUCUUUUGGGGAUUUAUUGUUGUCUCGCCUUUUGUCAUGUGUAUCGCGCUUUCAAUGUCUGAGGUGUUUUCAGCUUAUCCUGUCAAUGGCGGCAUUUACUCUUGGUGCUACCUUCUUAGUACACCUGAGUGGGGACCAUUGAUGUCGUGGAUUUGUGGAUACAUGUUUGUGGCGGCACUAUUAACAUCAACGAUGACAGUCGUAUACACCAUGACCGAGUACAUUAUUGCCGCAUACAACAUCCUUAACGAGAAGCAGAUCAAUGAUAUCGGUGCGAACAUUGGACUAUUCAUUGCCUUGAUGGUGAUCGGCGUUGGCUAUAGCUACCUCGGUCUAAAGUUUAAUGGGUAUCUUAAUAAGUUUAUGGUGUUAUGGGUCUUCGCAAGUACAAUGAUUGUUGUAAUCGCAAUGCCUGUUAUGGCAGAGACGCAUCCUUCAGCUCGAUGGGUGUUUACAGAAUUCCAAAACACAACAGGAUGGCAAAAUUCAGGGCUUACAUUUUUGCUUGGCAUGCUUCAAGCUGGAUGGUCAUUAAUCGGAUAUGAAAAUGGUGCCCAUAUUGCAGAAGGAACACUGAAUGCUUCCAAGACUGGACCCAAAGGUGUCCUUUGCAGCGUGAUCCUUGCCAUUAUUCAAGCCAUCGUGAUUUGUAUUGCAACGUUGUUUUCGAUUCAGGAUAUUGAGGAGCUCCAGUCAUCUUCUUUUCCCGUUGCUACGCUCUUUCUUCGUGCCACCAAUCCGAAUGUGGCUGCUUUUUUGCUAUCUAUCAUUGCCAUUUCUCAGUUUGGGUGCUUGUGUAAUGUCAUUGUUGCAACAGGCCAGCUAAUGUGGGCAAUGGCUCGUGAUGGAUGCAUUCCCAAUCACCAAUUUUGGUAUAAGCUCCAUGGCAAACGUCAAAUCCCUCUCCGGAUUUUCAUUUUGGUGGCGGUCAUUUCUAUCAUUCUCGUGAUACCGAUCCUAGCUAGUAGCGUGUAUUGGUCGGCCCUCAUGAGCACUUCGGUGAUUUGUGCUAAUGUUGCAUAUGGCUUACCUUGUCUUUGUCGGUUGAUUUGGGCACGUGACAUCCCAAAAGGUCCUUUCAAUCUUGGAAGCGUGGUUCUUUGUAUCCCCACAGUAAAUCCUGUAUCACCAGAGACAAUGAAUUGGUCAUGUCUUAUGAUUGGCGUUGUAUUACUCUUUGCCUUGGCAUUCUGGUACAUUAGCGGAAGAAAACAUUACAAGGGACCUAUGCAAACCGUUCAUGACAAGGAAGCGAUCAAAGAAACGCAAAAAUGA